AUGGCUCUUCUACCAACAUCAGUUCUAAAGCAAUUGCUGCAUGAGCUAAAUUCAACACAUUACUUAACUGCUUUCUUCUGCUUCGUAAGCCUCGUGUUUAUGCUUAAGCUGAGAAGAAGAAACAAAUCCAAUUUUCCACCAUCACCGCCGAAGCUACCCAUUAUUGGUCAUAUUCACCAACUAGGCACACUCCCACACCACUCCUUCCAUGCACUUUCUCACAAAUAUGGCCCUCUCAUGAUGCUGCAGCUUGGCCAAAUUCCUACUCUUGUGGUUUCAUCCGUAGAUGUGGCCAAAGAAAUAUUCAAAACCCAUGAUGUCGCUUUCUCCAGCAAGCCCCAAACCACAGCUGGGAAAAUCAUUCUCUAUGGAUGCACUGAUGUGGCUUUUGCACCCUACGGCGACGAUUGGAGACAGAAAAGGAAGAUAUGUGUUCUUGAGCUUCUAAGCCUUAAAAGGGUGAGAUCCUUUCAAUCCAUUCGUGAAGAAGAAGUUGCACAACUGGUUGAUACGGUACGUGAGGCAUGUGAAAGUAAAAGAUCCUCUGUGAAUCUGAGUGAGAUGUUGAUUGCAACCUCAAACAACAUAGUGUCUAGAUGUGUUCUUGGACAAAAAUAUGAUACUCCAGAUGGUAGCAGCAGCUUUGGAGAGCUAGGAAGGAAGAUGAUGGAACAAUUAGCGGCUUUCAGUGUGGGAGAUUUUUUUCCUUCAUUAGGUUGGAUCGACGUUCUUACAGGCCAAAUAUCAGAAUUUAAAGCCACUUUCCGUGCAUUAGAUGCUUUCUUUGAUGAGGUGAUUGCAGAACACAAGAGAACAAAGAGAGAUGAUGGCCAAUCCGAUAAUAAAGACUUCGUGGAGAUACUCCUUCAAAUUCAAGAGGGUGGAAAGUAUGAUUUUCAGCUCACCCAUGAUAACAUCAAAGCACUCCUAAUGGACAUGUUUGCUGGAGGAAGUGACACUACUUCAACACUUUUGGAAUGGACAUUUGCGGAGCUCAUGAGGAAUCCAAAAGCCAUGAAGAAAGUUCAAGAAGAAGUAAGAAGAGUCGUCGGGUAUAAAUCAAAAGUAGAUGAAAAUGAUGUGAAUGGAAUGAAUUACUUGAAAUGUGUAGUCAAAGAAACUUUAAGAUUGCGUCCACCUGCUCCUCUAUUGAUACCUCGAGAAACAUUAUCUGAUGUGAAAGUAAAAGGGUUUGAUAUUCCGUCCAAAACAAGAGUACUUGUGAAUGCAUGGGCAAUUCAGAGGGACCCUGAAUUUUGGAACAGAGCCGAAGAGUUUCUUCCCGAGAGAUUUGAAGAACAGCCAGAGGUUUGUUUUAGUGGACAAGAUUUGCAAUAUAUACCCUUUGGAAGUGGGAGAAGGGGAUGUCCUGGAAUAUCAUUUGGGGUAUCUUCCGCUGAGUAUAUUCUUGCUAAUCUGCUAUAUUGGUUCGAUUGGAAGCUGCCCAAUAUUGGUGUAACUACGCAAGAGAUAGAUAUGAGUGAGAUAUACGGGCUCACUGUCUGCAUGAAAGUACCGCUUCGUCUUGAACCUACACUAUACUCAUUUGGAUCUAAGCCUAUCAUGUGA